AUGGCGGGAUCGGACGCGGCCAGAAGGGGCGCUGCUCGCCCAGCGCGUGCACAGCCCGCGACAGCCCUGUCCCACCCAGCUCGGCUAGACAAGGGGGUCACCCCCCUGGCGGCGCUGAAGGCGCUGGAGCCCCAUGGCCAGGCCGAAAGGCGGUUAGAAGGGUGGGUGGAAGGUGCUCCUCACCGGAGGACGGGCGGGCAGCAACCUCCCCGCGCCCCCGGCUGCCGCCCUGACGCCCCAACCCCUUUGCCUCGCGCCUCCGCGCUGCAGGAGGUCACAGGGGCCCGGCGUGCUGGGUCUUUGGGACUCUGGGAAGGAUGCUUGCAGAACUGGAAGGAUUCCGUCGGGCCUGCGGAGCCCCAGGAGGCGCGCGAGGCCAGGUUUGCGAGCGCCCCCUGCCGCCGCCCAGAUGGCCUGCGGCUGGCCGGGAGACCCGCGUGCCCGCCGCCUCUUGCGGGCACCAAAAAGAUUCCCAAGCCCGGUGGGGCAAGCGAGCGCUCAGCGAUUUAUGACUUCAGCUUUCCUGUUCUCCUGCAGCUGCCUCAGUUUCCUCCAUUAAAGGCAAAGCUCUCCGUUGCUGUCACACACACCUUCCGGAGCUGCCUGCUCCACGCAGCCCUGCAUGGAUCAGAGCCAUGGCCACAGCAGGGCUUCUUCAGCUCUUCCCCGACGAGAUCUCAGCUUCCGUUGUCAUCCUGUCCACCACCGCUGGCAGAGUUCAGUCCCAGACCCACAACCAGCCAGCAGCAGGAGCUGCCCGGAUCCUUCCCAGCCACGGGUGGGGGAGGGGUGGACGGGACAGGCCCUGACCCGCCUUCCCGGCCCCACCAGGCUAAUAUUGGUCCCUAGACAGGCCCUGAGCUCCCACAUGUCCCCCAGCCCUUUCCAGGGGCAGUGUGCUCUGCCAGAAACCCCCUCCUGACCGUUCCUUCUGUGCUUGGUGGGCCCCUGCUCUCUUUCAAGGUCCACUCACCUGCCACCACCACUCUCAGGCAGAGGGAGGUGCUCUGUUCUCCAGGGUCCCUGACUCCGUGCGCACAGCACCACUUUCACGCUGGGAGCACUGUACUAAGACGGCGUCCGAGGGGUUUCCGCCAGAGCAGACAUCCCUUCUCUCUCCCCAACACCUGGCCAAGAUUGUUGAAUGGUGAGGGGUAGUGGCAGCAGGUAGUAGUGGAUGACAGCCGUGAGCCUUUCUCAGACAGGUAGUGCCCGAAUGAAGGCACCCCUGAAGGAUGUCCUUGGAAAGAGGGGCCAUGGGGGAAAGGUGACCUAGUAGCAUCUUUUUCAAAGGAAGGGGAGACAGUUGUCCCGUCCCUGGCUGUGAGAGCACAGCAAGAGAUGUGCCACCUCAGUUGAAAGCCCUGGAACCACUUCUGCAGAGCUGAGGGCUGAGACUGGCCCCAGGUCCUCCUGGACCAGGGCUGCAGAGGCUCCUGGCGCUGCCCUCCCGCCCCAGAGGGCCCACCGGGGUGCUCCUCACCUGGCGCCACACCCAGGCUUUCCCCUGAAGCCCCAGCCAUUCAAGUCCCUGGGACCCUUGUCCCCAGGCCACCCCAUAUGACCCCACCUCCCCAGACCCCUGAGCCGUGCCCUCUACAACAUAAGUCGGUCGUCCUCUCCCCCUCCUGGUCAAAACCCCAACCCUGGUCAAACCUAAAUCAUCCACCUGCCUUUGACAGGCGGCUGCUUUUUCCGGAGCAGAGCACUGUCUGCAUCGACUGGCCGCACUUUAAAUUCAUGACCACAAAGCUCCAUACGUCCCUAGCGGCUCCUUCCCACUCCAGGAUCCGAACCCCUCACAUUCUCCCCCGCCCCACCUAUGACUUUACCUACACAGGAGAAAAUGGAGGCCGACUGGAGGAACUCAGCCCCCACACACCUGCACCUGAGCUCCGACUCCGCUCGCUCGUAGCCAAGCCCUCCAGUGGGCCCCAGACCCUCUCACAUCCCCCGGGACUCUGCUCCCUCUGUUAUCCCCUCCCUGGCUGUCACUCCUCCACCACACAGGCCAGCCCGCUCUUAAGAAGCCCUCUAUGGUUGUUGUCUCCCCUCCCCCACCACCACCGCCGCCACCCCACCCCACCACUGCAGCUGCCAUCUCCUCCACCGUUUGCCUCAGCAGCCCUCGCUGGGCCGUCUGGUGGGUCACUCAUGACUCCACAUCUCCAAGUGCCAGGCUCAUUUCUGUGUCCUCCUGACUCAGUUUCUCAGCAACACUUAUCCAGUGGACAGCUCCCUUCCCUUGGAACACGCUGCAGUCCUGCCCCCUCCUCGCUGCCACUCCUUUUCAGCACCUUUUCUUCUCCCAAACUCGGAAUCGGUGAUCCCCAGAGUGGUUUUUGCCCCCUCCCUCCAAGGAACAUUUGGCAAUAUCUGGAGACAUUUUUGACUGUCACAGCAGGAGGAAGGGGGGUGCUACUGGCAUCUAGUAGGUAGUGGCCAGUGAUGCUGUUAGGGGUCUUAGGAUGAACAGGACAGCCCCCCACAACAAAGGAUUAUGGGCACAACGCACUAAGAGAGCUGAGAUUGAGAAACCCCGCUCUAAGGGAUGCUGCACCCGGUUCAGUCCUGGGAUCCCCUUUCUGCUGCACCUGAGCUCCUCUUGGGUAAUUUCAUCCAGCCCCAUGGCUCCCACCUGGAUGCUGAUGCUCCCCAAAUACAUCUGCCCUGAGCUCCAGGCUCAUGCAGCCCACACACUCCCCGACCCUCCCGUUCCAUGGCUGGCAGCCUCAGACUUAACAUACCCAUUUCCCCUGAACCAUGCCUGUCCCCUUGGUUCUCAGCGCUCCAUCCAGUCACAAGUGCAGAUGCCUCAACCUCCAAAACAUACAAAAGCACCCACUUCUUCCUAUUCCUACUACCCCCAUCGCUCUCACUUGCACAACUUUACUGGCUUCCAACUGUGCUCCCUGCUUUCAACCCAUUUUCCACAGAGCAUCCAGAAUGACUUUUAAAAUCUUAAAUCAGAUCUUGUCACUCCCCUCCUUAGAACCCUGUUGCUCUUAGAAUAAAACCACCCCCGCCGACCGACCUGGUCCUGCCUGCCUCCUCCCCUCUUCAUCCCUCCACAUCUUGCUUCUUCCUGCCUCAGGGCCUUUGCACUGGCUGCUUAUUCCCCCACCCCCCCCCAGAUUUUUCCAGGGUAGCCUCCUCCAGUCAUUCAGGUUUCAGUUGAAAUGCCAACAACCUAAAUGAAGGCUCCCCUCCCCCACUACUUAUCAAUCCCAGGUACUUUCUUAUUGGCCUGUUUACUGCCCCCAUCCCCACCCCUCAAUAAACUCU